CCAACGGUAAGGUCAGAUUUCAUUUUGAGCACCGCAUUCACACACUUUCCAACAUGGACGAAUUUAUGAAGAAGACAAAACAAGAAGGCCAUGUCUCGGAAACACAGCGCCUGGCAGCAAAUCACGAGGUGUUCACUCAUGGUCUUGGUGGAAAGUUGACUCUCACUCCAUUGGACCUCUCCAAGCCUGGCUUGAGAGUCCUCGACUCUGCAUGCGCCGACGGGACCUGGCUUCGAGAUCUUGCCCGUCAUAGUUCGGCGGCAGGGACGGCUACCUACGUUGGGUUCGACGUCAACGAUGAGAUCUUCCCGUCUGAGAAGCCUCACAAUGUCGGCUCCAUGGACCUGGUCAAACACUCCGUCCACGAUCCAUACCCGGAGGCUUGGAAGUCCAGCUUCGACCUCGUCCAUCAACGACUCCUUAUCGCCGCCUGGGCCUCUGCGCCGAAAGUGGAGACCCUCAAACGCCUUGUCGAGUUGGCAAAACCGGGUACUGGAUAUGUUGAAUCCAUGGAGCUCAAUGUGGACCCUCGAACGAUCCCUGACGACGUACCGAAAUACAAGAGAUUCUACGAGCUCAUGGCCGAAAUCAUGGACGCCAUUGGUCUCGGCAGGUACACGGUAAGCAACCUGAAGACACUCCUGGCGGACGCCGGCUGUGUCGAUGUUGUGGAAACCAAGACCCGAUACAAGGUCGGUGCGAAGACAGAGCUUGGGCUGAAGGAGAAGAGCAUCGAUGGUCAGGUCACGGCCAUCCCGGCCCUGGCUGCUGUGGCCAAGAAUGUCAAGACGAGCUUUUCGGAGGAAGAGUUGCAGACGCUGGAGAAUGACGCGAGAAAGGAAUUGACUAUUGUCGGAGGGGAAUUCGAAAUGGUGACUGUCUGGGGAAGAAGGGCGGAAGCAUGAGCCAUUCGACGAGUCGUUCGAAGAUGGCCGUUCAAGUUUUGUCGGCUUUCCCUUACGGUAUCCGGGUCUCAUAAUGUGAAAUUAGUCCGUACGAUGGUUUGUAGCCUCUGAC